AUGAAAACAAAUAGAAACUAAAAUUACUAGAUCUAUAUGAAAAAGUUUUUACUGCAUACACGAAACAGAAGAAAUGGCAAGUCCAGCAAAGAAAGCCAAAGCUUCCACGUUACCUACAUGUCCUUACGGAGCUCGCUGCUACAGGAAAAACCCUGAGCAUUUUAAAGAAUUUCUACAUCCUCCAAAACAAACGACUAACACUGCAUCAACAUCAGACAGUAACGACCAAGACAACGACUCGAAUAAGACAGCCAAAACCAAAACCAAACCUAGUCUGCCAGAUGGCAAAAAUCUGCCACCUUGUAAAUAUGGAGCAAGUUGUUACCGCAAAAAUCUGCUGCAUUUUGCCGAAUUUUCUCAUCCCACUGCUGUGGUAAAGAAGGUGUCGACUGGCAGUGGGAGUGAUACAGACCCCAUAGACUCUGAUGAUGAGAAGGAUAAGAAUUUAUCAACAUUACAGAAGAAACCCAAAGGAAAAGCUGAGGACAUUUUGAAAAGAGGAAUGUCAUUGGUGAAAAAAUACUCACAGAUGUCCGAGGCAGAGAGAAAAGAGUUGAUCAAACAAGCAUUUGAAGCAAAACAAAAGUUACAGGAUGAACUUAAAGAAACUCAGGACAAAGUGAAAGAGAAGGAGAAGGAGUUAGAGAAGAUGCAGCAUCAAGUAUCCUCUGGCCUGUUAUUGGUUGAGGGAGAGAAGGAGGCCCUUGAGGGGACCAAGACUGUGUAUUUCAAAUUGAUGGCGGAGAGAAAUCACAAAGAGGGAUCGGCUGAGCAGACGCAUUUUCGAUUGGCGGAGUCCCAGUUUUACCGUCUUCUGAGUGGAACUAACAGCCAUUACACCAUAAAAGCGGUCGAAUAUGUUGUCAACCCAGAACUAAUGGCCCAAUUCAAGCAGGGGAAAGAAGACCUCAAGAAGAUGAGAGGAGAGGAGUUAUCUUAUCCUGUCCUCGCCUUCCACGGAACCAAAGUAGAAAAUAUCAACAAAAUUUGUGAAACUGGAUUCAAAGUUCCUGGUGAGAAAGGAUUUAAGCAUGCCACAGAUACGGGCUGGUACGGGAAGGGCGUGUAUUUCAGUGAGUUCCCGGACUACUGCAUGGGAUAUAUCCAAGGAGCGGACAAACUCUUGCUGUGUCAGGUUCUUCCCGGGAAAGUGUUCCAUUGCAAGAAGCUGAUUCACGGAGCUCCGCUGUCCAAGGGAUGCGACUCCCACACGUCUCCCGACAAAAAAGAGCUUGUCAUAUUCAACUCCCACCAUAUUCUACCGUGUUAUGUAGUUCAUUACAAAAUAUGCACUGGAGAAUUUAAGUAUGGUACUAAAAAAGAAAAAGGAAAGAAUAGCAAAGAUGAUGAUGAUGGUGAUGAUGAUGAUGGUGAUGAUGAUGAAGAUGAUGAGCUCAGUGUCCAAGAUAAAUGUGACAAAGCUACUGCAGCAGCCAAAACCAAAGUCUUCAAAACCCAAAGAAUGCUAUUUACUGGGUCAUUCUGCCUCACCCAGAAAGAAAUGACAGACCUUGUAGUAAAGCAUGGAGCCACUAUAGGAACUCCUGGUAAUUUCAAUCUGUGUGUGGCCUCAUUAGGAAGUGUAGAUGUACCAACUGCCAAAUUCAUGAAGGCUGAGGAGAAAAACAUACCGGUUGUCUCAGAAGAGUUCCUGUAUGAAUCAAUCAUCAAUAAAAAGCUACAGGACCCAGAUAAUUACUAUCCCAGUGCAUAAACAAUACAUGUUACAGAGUGCUCACAAAGGAGAUUAAUUUUACUUGUAAACCAUCUAAUCUCUACAAGUUAAUUACAUAUGUAAAUCAGCAAUAGUCACUGAUCAGUUUGUGUGUUUAUUGUGAUAGAGUGUGGCCUAAAAAAUUAUUGUUUGUAAAACAAAUACAUGUAUCUUAAACACACUGUUGAAUGUGAUGAUCGAAAAAGAAAAUUUAAAUGAGAUUUUUUUGUGAAAUUGCAUUUUCACAGUGUUAAAGCUUUGUGGUUAAGAAUGUCUUUGUUAUUUUGUAGUUAGUGUAAAGUAUCCCUAUAUUAGAUAUAAUGGAUACUUAAUGAUACAUUAUGGUAUUUUGAUACAUUAUUGCAUCAUCAUGAUACAUCAUUAAUGUGUAU